GUCUGGGAAGCGGCCGCCGAGACCUAGUCCCUCUGUUCACCACCCCACUCCCCGCCGCCACCGCCCCAGCGGAGGGGCGCCGCUUUGGGGUCUGAGGAACGGAUCCCACCCCACCCCCGCCACACACCACACACCACACACACACACACGGCAUUUCCUCGGGUUCCUGCCGCAGCUCUGGGGAAGAUGGGCCUGCUCGCCUGCAGCCCUGCGCCGCCGCGGCUCUGAGGAGUUGAAGGACAUCUAUGUUAACAAUAUUCUGUGAAUUCAACAUUUUUAAGAAUUCUGUGAAGAAAUCAAGUGGGAUUUUCUUACAUCAUGACUUAAUUUGAAUACAAGAAACAAGUUGCAUUUUUAAGUAUAAUGAAGGGCUGUGUGUGAACACUGGCCCUGACUCAAAUCUAAUGAACAUUUUAGACAUGAGUUUACAUCGGCAAAUGGGUUCGGAUCGAGACCUUCAGUCUUCUGCUUCGUCUGUGAGCUUACCUUCAGUCAAAAAGGCACCCAAAAAAAGGAGAAUUUCAAUAGGCGCUCUGUUUCGGAGGAAAAAGGAUAACAAACGCAAAUCCAGGGAACUAAAUGGCGGAGUGGACGGAAUUGCGAGUAUUGAAAGUAUUCAUUCUGAAAUGUGUACUGAUAAAAACUCCAUUUUCUCUACAAAUACCUCUUCUGACAAUGGAUUAACUUCUAUCAGCAAACAAGUGGGAGACUUUAUAGAAUGCCCUUUGUGCCUUUUGCGGCAUUCUAAAGACAGAUUUCCUGAUAUAAUGACUUGUCAUCAUAGAUCUUGUGUGGAUUGCUUACGACAAUAUCUGAGGAUAGAAAUCUCUGAAAGUAGAGUCAAUAUCAGCUGCCCAGAAUGUACUGAACGCUUUAAUCCCCAUGAUAUUCGCUUGAUAUUAAGUGAUGAUGUCCUGAUGGAAAAAUAUGAAGAGUUUAUGCUUAGACGAUGGCUUGUUGCAGAUCCUGAUUGUAGAUGGUGUCCUGCUCCAGAUUGUGGAUAUGCCGUGAUAGCUUUUGGAUGUGCCAGCUGUCCAAAAUUAACUUGUGGACGGGAAGGCUGUGGAACAGAGUUUUGCUACCACUGUAAGCAGAUCUGGCAUCCCAACCAGACCUGUGAUGCUGCCCGACAAGAAAGAGCCCAGAGUUUACGUUUGAGAACGAUACGUUCUUCAUCUGUUAGUUACAGUCAAGAGUCUGGAGCAGCAGCUGAUGAUAUAAAGCCAUGUCCACGAUGUGCUGCUUACAUAAUAAAGAUGAAUGAUGGGAGCUGCAACCACAUGACGUGUGCUGUCUGUGGUUGUGAAUUUUGUUGGUUAUGUAUGAAAGAAAUCUCAGAUUUACAUUAUCUAAGUCCAUCAGGAUGUACGUUUUGGGGAAAGAAACCCUGGAGCCGAAAGAAGAAAAUAUUGUGGCAACUGGGAACACUUGUUGGUGCUCCUGUAGGAAUUGCUUUAAUAGCUGGCAUUGCUAUCCCUGCAAUGAUUAUUGGCAUUCCCGUGUAUGUGGGCCGUAAGAUUCACAGUCGAUAUGAAGGCAAAGAUGUUUCCAAGCACAAACGGAAUUUGGCCAUAGCUGGUGGAGUAACAUUGUCUGUAAUUGUAUCUCCAGUAGUAGCUGCAGUAACUGUAGGUAUUGGUGUUCCUAUUAUGUUAGCUUAUGUCUAUGGUGUUGUUCCAAUUUCUCUCUGUCGAAGCGGAGGAUGUGGAGUCUCAGCAGGAAAUGGAAAAGGUGUCAGGAUUGAAUUUGAUGAUGAAAAUGAUAUAAAUGUUGGUGGAACGAGCACAGCUGUAGACACAACAUCAGUAGCAGAAGCAAGACAUAAUCCCAGCAUAGGGGAGGGAAGUGUCGGUGGUCUGACUGGCAGUUUGAGUGCAAGUGGAAGCCACAUGGAUCGAAUAGGAGCCAUCCGAGACAACCUGAGUGAGACCGCCAGCACCAUGGCGCUGGCAGGCGCCAGCAUAACAGGCAGUCUGUCAGGAAGUGCCAUGGUGAACUGCUUCAACAGGCUGGAAGUACAAGCAGAUGUUCAGAAGGAACGAUGCAGUCUAAGUGGAGAAUCUGGCACCGUCAGCUUGGGGACAGUCAGCGACAACGCCAGCACCAAAGCAAUGGCAGGAUCCAUCCUGAAUUCCUACAUCCCGUUGGACAAAGAAGGCAACAGUAUGGAAGUGCAAGUCGAUAUUGAGUCAAAGCCAUCUAAAUUCAGGCACAACAGUGGAAGCAGCAGCGUGGAUGAUGGCAGUGCUGCCCGAAGUCACGCUGCUGGUUCAUCCAGUGGCUUGCCGGAAGGGAAAUCCAGUGCCACCAAGUGGUCCAAAGAAGCAACAGCAGGGAAAAAAUCAAAAAGUGGUAAAGUGAGGAAAAAGGGCAAUAUGAAGAUAAAUGAAACCCGAGAGGACAUGGAUGCCCAGUUGUUAGAACAGCAGAGCACGAACUCGAGCGAAUUCGAAGCUCCCUCCCUCAGUGACAGUAUGCCAUCUGUAGCUGAUUCCCACUCAAGUCAUUUCUCUGAAUUUAGUUGUUCUGAUCUAGAAAGCAUGAAAACUUCAUGUAGUCAUGGUUCCAGUGAUUAUCAUGCCCGCUUCGCUACUGUAAACAUUCUUCCUGAGGUGGAAAAUGACCGUCUGGAAAAUUCCCCACAUCAGUGUAGCAUUUCUGUUCUUCCAAACACUGCUUCAUGUUCCGAAGUUCCACAGUUGGGUCAUAUUGCUGAAGAACAUGGCAACAGUGGAAUAAAACCUAAUGUUGAUUUGUACUUUGGUGAUGCACCAAAAGAAACAAAUAACAACCACUCACUUCAGACAAUGGACUUGAAAGUUGCAAUCCAAACUGAAAUUUAGUCCCAUAAAUGCUGCAAAAUAAAUAUCACUGAACAACAUUGUUUGGAGCUGGUUGAAUUACGUGUGACUACUUUACAGUUACCAGCAAAAUCCAGGUUUCACAAUCCUAAUGCAGAUGCAUUUUCUAUGUUCAGCAAAAGCAUUGUGUUUUGUGUGGGUCAUUAUUACCAAACUAUGAAACGAAAGGCUUUAAAAGUGCAUUAUUGUAAAGAUAAUUAAUCUGCAACAGCAAAGAAUGUUCUGUGUGUUUAACACAGAACAUUGCUUGAAGCACAUAUUUGUGUCUUUAGAUAGAAGUUUGGCUUUAUUUAUAAUCAAUAUAAAAUACUAAUGGAGUUCUACAGCAUUCUUACGAAGAAGAGUUGAGGAUUGCAGAUCAGUGGUUAGUGACAUUUUAUUGAAACCACUAAGGGAUACUAUGUAAAAGAACUUUGCAGGUUGCUCUGGUAUGUGAUAUUCUUAGUAAGAUUUCUGUUCAUAACUGGUCAAAAAAGUAACUGGUCAAAAACCGGUUUUCCCCUUCAUCUGCAAUGUGGAUAUAUAGAGAGAGCUUAAUGCAGCCCAUUCGCAACCAUUUGGAUACUUAGAUACUUUGAGCAAGAUUGUGGCAGCCUUUGCACAACUUUGAAAUAGAAAUACUUGGUACCCUAUAUAUCUCGCAUCUUGACGAUGUCAUCUUAGAAGAAAAAUAUAAAGGUAGGUAAUUAAGUAUACUGACAGCAGCAAAUAAGAUGUAUUAAAACUGCAAAAAUAACACCCCAGUAGGCUCUAAGUAUUACAAAAAAGCCACCUUUUUAUUGAGUGCUAAUGCCUUUGGAAUAGAGUGGGCUUUGAGGGCCUGGUCUGAGGAUUUUGCUGUUUUGUUUUCCAUAAUGUCCUAUCACCUUGGAUUAUAUCGAAAAAUACAAGAAAUAGAUGAACAUAAGUGUGAUUAAUAAAAAUGCUGAAACAGUAUUAGCCUACCAAAGACAUGCUCAGCUUCUAGUGAAUAACAUUAUGCCACAUAACCUCAGUUUUGAACACAUGUGUAUCUUUGCCAACCCUGGAAGCAAAACUUGGAGCCGAGCCUAUACCAAGGCCCAAAAGACCCGUUUGAUUGGCUCAGUUUUCUUUUGCUUUUGUUGCUGGAAGAUGCUCAGUUGACAUAAGCAGAAGUUAUUCUAUUAAUUUCCUGGUAUAGAGUCUCUUAAAGCAGGUGAAACUCAACUAUAGCAGUUUACAAUGUCCCAUCUCACAUGUUUAAGUAUUACCAUUAUGGUGCUAUGGAGCAUUUGCUUUUGAUAAAAAGAAAAAUGUCAUGGGCUGCAGUCUUUCUUCACUUCUCUUCACCAGGUCCAAUAAUAUGCUUAUAACACUAGUGCCAGUUAUUUUAUUUGAUAAAACUUAUUAUGUAUUUGUAUAUUUGUUUGCAUCCCAAUCUGGUUCAAUAAUGAGUGUGUAAAAUGCCUAUGAAAAAUAAAUGUAAAUACUAAUGUA